UUCCCGUCUUCCGCUGCAGUAGGAGCCAUUUCGCGACGGGCUGCGCGCGGGAGGUUGCGUGUGUCUGUGGGGCCUCUCUAAAGGAACUGAACCACGCGCGACUUUCGGAAGAGCAGCACUUGGAAACACGGGGAGAAAGACGGUUUAACAAGACACCUGCAUCAUGGGUGACGUCAAAAAUUUCCUGUAUGCAUGGUGUGGGAAAAGGAAAAUGACUCCAACCUAUGAAAUAAGAGCAGUGGGGAAUAAGAACAGACAGAAAUUCAUGUGUGAGGUUCGAGUGGAAGGUUUUAAUUAUACUGGUAUGGGCAAUUCCACCAAUAAGAAAGAUGCUCAGAGUAAUGCUGCCAGAGAUUUUGUUAACUACUUGGUUCGAGUGAAUGAAGUUAAGAGUGAAGAAGUUCCAGCUAUUGGAAUAGCACCCCCAGUUACUGAUACAACUGACUCAGCAGAGGGUGGUGGUGGAAAUUUAUCAUCUAGUUUGGGAGGACCUCUUCCUCCUCAUCUGUCUCUGCAAUCAGAUGGUACCCCAGGACUUGGAGGCUCUGGUUAUGGCCCUGGUACUGGUCCUGGUGGCACAUGGGAUCGUGGAGCCAACUUAAAGGAUUACUACUCCAGAAAGGAGGAGCAAGAAGUACAAGCGACUCUAGAAUCAGAAGAAGUGGACUUAAAUGCUGGUCUUCAUGGAAACUGGACCUUGGAAAAUGCUAAGGCUCGGCUGAACCAAUUUUUCCAAAAGGAGAAGGUCCAGGGAGAAUAUAAAUACACCCAAGUGGGUCCUGAUCACAACAGGAGCUUUAUUGCAGAAAUGACCAUUUAUGUCAAGCAGCUGGGCAGAAGGAUUUUUGCACGUGAACAUGGUUCGAAUAAAAAGCUGGCAGCACAGUCUUGUGCACUGUCCCUUGUCAGGCAGCUCUACCAUCUUGGAGUUGUUGAAGCUUACUCUGGGUUGACAAAGAAGAAGGAAGGAGAGACGGUGGAACCUUACACAGUUCACCUAUCUCACGACUUAGAACAUCAGCUGCAAAAUGUCGUUCAGGAGUUGUGCCUAGAAAUCCAGCCCCCACCUGAAGAUCCUAAUUAUCCAGUCAUACUCAAUAUUGGCAAACUAGCUACCUUUGAACCAGCACAGCGACAGAACCAAGUUGGAGUUGUUCCCUGGUCACCUCCUCAGUCUAACUGGAAUCCAUGGACUAGUAGCAACAUCGAUGAAGGCCCUUUGGCUUAUGCCACUCCUGAGCAAAUAAGCAUGGACCUGAAGAAUGAACUCAUGUACCAGCUAGAACAGGAUCAUGAGUUACAGGCAAUCCUGCAGGAGAGGGAGAUGCUGCCUGUUAAGAAGUUUGAGAAUGAAAUCUUGAGGGCAAUCCAUCAAAAUUCAGUUGUCAUUAUUCGUGGUGCCACUGGAUGUGGCAAAACUACCCAGGUUCCUCAGUAUAUUCUGGAUGAAUGCAUUCAAAACAACCGUGCAGCGGAGUGUAACAUAGUAGUGACUCAGCCCAGGAGAAUCAGUGCUGUUUCUGUGGCAGAACGAGUUUCUUAUGAGAGAGGAGAAGAACCUGGGAAGAGCUGUGGCUACAGUGUACGAUUUGAGUCUGUGCUUCCCCGGCCUCAUGCCAGUAUUAUGUUCUGUACCGUAGGUGUACUACUGAGGAAAUUAGAAGCAGGCAUUCGUGGAAUCAGUCAUGUAAUUGUAGAUGAAAUUCACGAAAGAGACAUUAAUACUGACUUUCUUUUGGUGGUAUUAAGGGAUGUAGUACAGGCUUAUCCUGAAGUACGCAUUGUCCUCAUGUCUGCUACCAUUGACACCAGCAUGUUCUGUGAAUAUUUCUUCAAUUGUCCUAUCAUCGAAGUCUUUGGAAGAACUUACCCAGUUCAAGAGUAUUUUUUGGAAGACUGUAUUCAGAUGACCCAGUUCGUUCCUCCACCAAAGGACAAGAAGAAAAAGGACAAAGAUGAUGAUGGUGGUGAUGAUGAUGAUGCAAACUGUAACCUAAUCUGCAGUGAUGAAUAUGGUCCAGAAACAAAGCGUUGCAUGGCGCAGAUGAAUGAGAAGGAAACUCCAUUUGAACUUAUUGAGGCACUUCUGAAGUACAUUGAGACACUUAAUGUUCCUGGAGCAGUGCUGGUUUUCCUUCCUGGCUGGAACUUGAUAUAUACUAUGCAGAAGCAUUUAGAAAUGAAUCCCCAUUUUGGAAGCCACCGGUAUCGGAUUCUGCCCCUGCAUUCUCAGAUUCCUAGAGAAGAACAGCGAAAAGUAUUUGAUCCAGUACCAACUGGAGUAACCAAGGUUAUUUUGUCCACAAAUAUUGCUGAGACCAGCAUUACCAUUAAUGAUGUUGUUUAUGUUGUUGACUCCUGCAAGCAAAAAGUGAAACUGUUCACUGCACACAACAAUAUGACCAACUAUGCUACAGUAUGGGCAUCCAGAACAAAUCUUGAACAACGGAAGGGACGAGCUGGUCGUGUUCGACCUGGCUUCUGUUUUCAUCUCUGUAGCAGAGCUCGUUAUGAUAGACUUGAAACUCACAUGACCCCUGAAAUGUUCCGAACACCACUGCAUGAAAUUGCUUUGAGUAUCAAACUGCUUCGUUUAGGAGGAAUCGGUCAGUUCUUGGCCAAAGCAAUUGAACCGCCGCCUUUGGAUGCUGUGAUUGAAGCCGAGCACACCCUCAGAGAGCUUGAUGCACUGGAUGCUAAUGAUGAGUUGACACCUCUUGGAAGGAUCCUGGCUAAACUCCCAAUUGAGCCCCGCCUUGGCAAGAUGAUGAUAAUGGGUUGUAUUUUCUACGUGGGUGAUGCCGUGUGUACCAUUUCUGCUGCCACUUGCUUCCCAGAGCCUUUUAUCAGUGAAGGCAAGCGCUUGGGUUAUGUCCACCGCAAUUUUGCUGGAAAUAGGUUUUCAGAUCACGUGGCCCUUUUGUCAGUGUUCCAAGCCUGGGACGAUGCCAGAAUGGGUGGAGAAGAGGCAGAGAUCCGCUUUUGUGAACACAAAAGACUCAAUAUGGCCACACUCAGAAUGACUUGGGAAGCAAAAGUUCAGCUCAAAGAAAUUCUGGUUAAUUCUGGGUUUCCAGAAGAAUGUCUGAUGACACAAGUAUUUAAUAACACGGGACCAGAUAACAAUUUGGAUGUUGUCAUCUCUCUUCUGGCCUUUGGUGUGUACCCUAAUGUCUGCUAUCAUAAGGAAAAGAGGAAAAUUCUCACCACUGAGGGGCGAAACGCACUUAUCCACAAGUCAUCUGUUAACUGCCCCUUUAGCAGCCAGGACAUGAAGUACCCAUCUCCUUUCUUUGUGUUUGGAGAAAAGAUCCGCACUCGAGCCAUCUCUGCCAAAGGCAUGACCUUAGUGACCCCCCUACAGCUGCUCCUGUUUGCUUCUAAGAAGGUCCAAUCAGAUGGGGAGAUUGUGUUGGUUGAUGACUGGAUCAGACUACAGAUGUCCCAUGAGGCUGCCGCUUGCAUAACUGCCCUUCGAGCAGCCAUGGAGGCUCUGGUUGUUGAAGUAACCAAAGAGCCUGAAAUAAUCAGCAAUUUGGAUCCCUCAAAUGAGCGUAUGCUAAACAUGAUUCGGCAAAUCUCUAGGCCUUCAGCUGCUGGUAUUAGUCUCAUGAUUGGCAAUGCACGGUAUGGAGAUGGUCCUCGCCCACCCAAGAUGGCUAGAUAUGACAAUGGAGGUGGAUUCAGAGGUCGAGGUGGUCAGCGAGGUUCUGGCUAUCAAGGUGGAGGAUAUAGUGGGAGAGGAUACGGUGGGGGCACUAAUUCUUACCAAGGAGGGUAUGGAAGUGGAGGAGGAUACAGAGGCUCAGGUGGUGGUUAUAGAGGAUCUGGAGGAGGCUACAGUGGAGGAAUGGGUGGAGGAGGAUAUAGAGGGUCUGGGGGAUUCCCUCGAGGAGGAAACAGAGGUGGUUAUGGUAUGGGUUUUGGAAGUGGCUUUUGAGGAAAUAAUCAACUGCUUUCAGAGCUCUCUUCAUCUCCCAAGUAGUCAAUACUAAAAUAUGCAUGUUACAUUUUUUCAAGAGAUUUGUUUGCUGCCAUUAAGGCUAAAAUCUAUUUUCCACUCACUGUGUUGUUCAAUGUAGUUUAAAGAAAACUAAGUAUGUAGGUAUAUUGGUGAUUUUGUUUAUUAUGUAAAAUAUUGAUGAUCUCCUAUUACAGAGUACCACAGUUUGUAUUAUUUUGUUCUUAAUAAAGUAAGUUUUGUUUUUUGAAA